AUGGUAGAGAACGGCAAUUAUAAAGUUUGUUUCAAGCUUCAUUGACUCAAAUUCAGAAGAAUUCUUUAAAGAAAUUAAUGAGUUUAUACACAAACCCCCAGAGGUGAAAUACGAAGUACGUUGUGUGAAACUAGCAGGAAAAUAGCCAGAUUAACAUACUAAAAAAUAAUAGGAGUUUAAGGCGCAUGCUCAAUUAACAAAUUAUUUAAAGACAAAACGUGACUGGAACGUUACAGAGUCAUCAUUUGGAAUAGCGACAUCAUUUUUGGCGGUUUUUCAAUACAAACCAGAAAUCUCCUCUAAAGUGAUUUCUUUCAAUGGAGAAAAUGACGCGUUGCCGGAUAUUGGACAUGCAUGUCGCCAUAAUCUUAUAGCUACUGGAGGUAUUGCGGCUGCACUAGCAGCUGCUGAAGCAAUGAAAAAAUUUGACAUUGCGGGAACAAUUAAACUUUUUGGCACGCCUGCAGAAGAAGGCGGCGGUGGUAAGGUCAAAAUAGUUGAGGCGGGCGGCUAUGACGACGUCGAUAUUUCUUUAAUGCAUCACGCUACAAGCACAAGUCCAGGAAUGGCUUUUGUAACUAGUAUGUCAUCUUUCAAAUAUACUAUAGAGUAUUUUGGUAAGAGUGCCCAUGCAGCAGCGGCUUCAUGGGAAGGAAUUAAUGCGUUGGACGCAGCUUCUGUUUACAUGCAUGUAUCAGCAUUACAUAGACAACAAUUUGAAGAACGCGAUAGAAUACAUUCUGUUAUCGUUAAUGGUGGCUCUGCGCCAAACGUUAUUCCUGAUUAUACAAUGAUUGCAGGAAUGGUUAGAUCCAAAGAUAGAAUUAGAAUGAAUGAAAUGAAGAAAAAAGUUGUGGGUUCCGCAAAAACUCCUGCGAUAGCUUCAGGUUGUGCGUACAAAAUCAAUUAUUUGAAUGAGUAUGAUAAUAUGCUCACCAACGAACCUCUCUCAGAUUCCUUCAGAAAAUUUUAUGAUGGCUUUUCUAAACUUGAUGGAGCUGGUGAGUUGUUGGAUCUAAAUCAAGAGAAAGCACUUGGGCUACCUGGCUCCACUGAUCAAGGUACGGUUUCGUGGAAAGUGCCGGCGUUGCACACAAUGUUUGAUAUAGGUGAAGAUGGACAACCACAUACUGUUGAAUUUCGUGAUACCGCAGGUACUAAAGCAUCACAUACGGCCUGUUUGAAGUCUGCAAAAUGA